UACGUUCUUACUUAGUACCUACAAUUUUUUAAAUAAAUAAGUUUUAUUUAGACAGGAUCUCAUAAUUUAUCAUUAAUUUCAUAGUAUUAUUGACUGAGUUUCACUGUGUCGAACGUUUUUACAUUUUUCACUUAUGCAUAUACAGUUCAUAAUGGCCAAUGCGAGAAGUCAUAAUGCACUGCAAGAAACAGAAAGGGAAGAAGGUGAAAUAGUCGAAAGUUUGGAUUAUCUCUCGGAUAUAUCGUCCGAGGAAGAAUUCUUAUUACGUCAAAGACUUCAAGUACUUGAGAAUUACAACAAUGUUCUUGAGAGAAAAAAAGCCAAGCGGUCUUCUAUUGGGUCAGGAAAUUUGCUCAAAAAGCCUCCUUUAUUACUAGAUCUAUCUGAUAUUUCUGCGUCAGAAACUGAAGAGAAUUACUGCACGCCCCAAAGCCACUUUGCUAAAGAACCCAAACAAAAAGCAAAAUCACGUCGAAGACUGAAAAAACAUAAGGAAAAUUCGAGUAACGUGCUCCCAAGGACCAAGUAUCACAAAAAAUGUCACGUUUCAAAAAAGAAAAAAGGCGCAAAAGUUGUUUUAGAAUCCAGCGACGAAUCAGACGAUGAAUACAAAUUUAAAAGAAGAAAGCUGGCUGAUGCUGUGGUUGUGCAUAAAGAGACAAACGAAAAGUCUUCCUUGAGUUCUAGGCUCAAAGAAAUGUUACAGAAGGCUGUGAAUCGUGAACCGUUAAAGACCUCAUUGGGUGAUAAAAAAGUAGAAAGUUCAAAUAAUAAAAUUAUGACUUACGACUUAUCGUCUCCAAUAUCUCCAAGCACAGAGGGUCAUGUUUCAUGUUUUGAAAUAGGAGACAGCGUUAUUACAAAAACCAAGUGCUCACUUUAUCAUAAGCCCGAGGUAAUUGAAGCAAGUGCCGAAGACGAGAUCAGUACACAGGACAUUAACCAAAACUCUAAAAGUAAAAACAAUUUUGAAUUAAGCAAAGAUCGAAACAUAGAUAUUGUUGAUUCAGUUGAUUGCAUUCGUAAAUCAUUUGAACGAGAAGAACAUUUACAGAAGGAUUCAGAUGAUGACUUAGAAACUCUUCGACAAACAGCUCUUAACACGAAAGCUACGAAGUCAUCACGAGAUACAAGCGAAGGACCUGCUAUAAAUGAAAACAAAACGAUGUCUGAUGAUGAAGAUAGUGACACGGCAGAAUUGAGAUUGAUUUGUCUUAAAUCCACAUUAUUGAAAAAAGCCAUUGAAAUGAAACAAAAACAAAAGAGACAGAAAAAGCUGUCUCAGUCUUCUCAUAAGCGGGAUGAGUUGAUCGAUUCUCUGUAUGAUGACUUAAAUAAUCGUGAUUCUGGUAAUAACACCGAUAAGGAAUCCGUGGAUAUGGAAAUAGGUUCUGAUGAAACAACCGAGAGUCGUAAAAAGACUCAGAAACGUUGUCAAGAAUUAGAAAUCAUUUCGAAUCAAAACUUUGAUAUACUGCCACCUCAGAAUGUGCCAAAACAAGACGAAUUUGAUGAAGACGAAGAUUUGUUACGUGCUAAAUUAUUGACUUCGCUGAGCAAAAACCUCCCGAAUCUUGUUGAUGCUGAAUUAAUAAAUGAUUCAAAUGGAAAAGCGUCUGCUUCGAAUAAUAAAAGCAAUGCCGAAAGUAUUCCCGAAGAAAAGAAGUUUAUCAUAAAACUCGGCGAAUCAGACUCCGAAGCGGAAAAUGAGGCUACUAAAAACUUAACAAAAAUGCACAUGAAGCUAUCGGAAGACGUAUGCUUCGCAACGAAGUUAGAUAAUCUAUUAAAAUCAACACGAAUGCAGGUCGAGAAGAAUAAACAUUCAGAAACAGAAACAAAUUCACCUGUAACAAAGAAACCAGAGAAAUUCGUUGCCAAGGCCCUAAAUAAUUUGCCAAAAUCAGAACAAAUCGAGUAUAGGAACUUAGUAAAGCGAAUGGCUGAAUUGGAAAAAAUGAAAGAGUCCCGACAGUCCGCUAUGAACCAAACGAAUUCAGUGCUAAGUUCGGACACAUUGAAGCCAAAGAAUAUGCCUUUCAAUGCAAAAAGAAUUGUAACAAUUAGCAGUUUGGAAGAACAAAUCGCUAAUUCCAGGAAAAAAAUUGCUGAGGAAUCAUCGAAAAUGUUGAAACUAAAGGAGGAAGCCGUAAAACUCUCACAAAAAUACAAGAUAGCCGCCACAGAAUUGCGCAAUAUAUCAACAGCGAUUUACAUCAAUAAAAAACACCAAAGAGCCAUACAAAAUUCACUAACGAAAAUACGUUCAGAUCAUCAACUUCUAAUUAAAAGUUCCAGUAAACAGCCGGUGUUAAAUAAACAUUCCAAGAUAAACAGAAUAGUGGACAAAAAAAUUAACAAAAUCACAAUUCCGAAUCAUCCCCAAAAGGAGAACGAUCCUCUGAAAGUAGACCAUAAAAAUACGGUGUCAAUUAAAAAUACGAAAUCUAUUAAAGAGCAUAAAGAAUGUCUUAGCGCGCCUACACCGAUGCUAUCCAUCGAAAUUGAUGUCGGCAGCAAGAGAAAAGUUGUUAAGUUGCCACCGAAAAAUCCAGUCAAGUUGACCCCCACGAGUACAGAUAAUUUGCCACCGAUAAGUCCAGUGAAGCCUAGACCGAACAGUCCCGUGCUGUUGUCCCCAAAGAGUCCAGUGAACGAGUCCAUUCCAGAAGUCGUGAGAGGCAGGUCGAUUGAAAAAAAAGACCACAACAUAAAUCGGAACGAUGCCUCGACACAGUCGUCGGGUGAUUGUGAAUUUGGUGGUAAUACAGAAGCGGAACGUGAACCGAAAUUACCGAGAAGUGAAAAAUACGAGAGGUUGCUCGGCGAAUAUAUUUCGCCACUCGAAUCACUAGGAACUUCGACUAGGUCGAGAGAAACCUAUGUGAACGAAAACUCGAGACCAAUGCCCAUACAAUGUUUUUACUUCGGCUUUUACAAAACAAACGUGGAUAGCAACAUGCGUACACAUCGCCGUUCUCCGCAGCGAUUUGGGGGGCCGAUCCGAACGCGAUCCUCUGUCCUUUCGAGGUCGGCGGAGAUUGCAAGGACACCGAAUGCAAAUUCUUACACAUCAACAUCCUCACACAAUGACACCACACACACACAGAGCACCGGCCGAGACACCAUCGAAUUCACUCGCAUCAUACAUAUCACAUUUCAAUCCCUCAUCCCUUUUCCUACGACAGAAAACGGAUCGUACUUGUGAAAUUAUGUGUAAAGUAUAUUCAUCUCCUUUUUAUUUUGUUUCUUAAUUUAUAUUUUCCUUAUCUUUUCUUUUUUCUUUUUGUUAAUUAAUUUUCUUUAUUUUCUCACACAUUAACACGAACAAAUAUCACGGCUAUAAGCGAUGUGAUUAUGGGCAGUCUUGUUUGCUUUUAAACUUAUUUGUCUUUGAGAUUGAUCACUUUAAAAUAUAAUAACCUCACCAUAUUAAUUAAUUGUUUUAGGUGUUUAAUAUAAAUGUUUUCUAGCUUCGUAGUUGCCAUAAUUUUGUUUUGUUAUACACUUUUAGUUACGGCGGAGGACGCAGGCGGACCUUCGGAGCAGCAGUGGUAAGUUUUGACAGUAACUUUAAAAUAAUAGUGUGUUAGUGUACGAAUUUAUAAUUACGCGAACGACGAGACUGCAAGAAAGCACGGUAAAGUGUAACGUUAUUUAAUAUUUAAAAAGAAACUUUACAAUUUCGGAGUGAAAAAAAAAAUACGUGAUGUAUAUGAAUAAAGUGUAAAAAGAAUGAAAAAGAACAAUA